AUGACCCUGCUCGGUGCUGUUCUCGCAUUCUACGAGGUCUCGGGUGUGCCACUAGCACUCAUAUGUACAUCACCCAGUGUUCGACAGGCUUGCGAGAAGAAUGCAGCGGCGGAAGUGGGAUUAUGGAAACUAUCCCUUGGAAGUGACGGCUCUCGAAGAGUCAUUUGGCAACCGUCUGUCCCGGUGCGUCACUGCCACAAGACGGAUGUGAUGUGCUCUGUGGCAUGGUGGUGCAAUCGGCUGAUGCCCAUCGGCGGCAAGGCUCCGCCGACUCGUUUGGACCUUGGCGCUGCAGGACGGUUGCUUGACACCCAUCUUCCUAUUGUAUUUGUCUUCCGCUCGCUUGUGGAACUGACGCUCCGGCGCGCGCCUAUCAAGGAUGUGAACGUGCUUGGGAAGCUUCCCAUGUUGAAGAAGCUUGACCUGGUGCAGGCCCAGGUGGUAGACGGCGGCAUCAUCGGGCUAGGAGAGAGCAGGAGCCUGGUAGAAGUGGAUCUUUGGGGAUGCGCCGCAGUGACAAAUGCAAACACGCUCGGCAAGGUGCCUACCCUGCGAAGGUUAGUUCUGGCUGAAACCUGCGUCUCUGAUGACGGCAUUGCUGGCCUGGUCGACGGCCUGAGCAUCAACGAGGUGGAUCUGGAAGCAUGUGCUUUUGUAAAAAGUGUGGGAUUCUUUGGUCGACUGCCAGUGUUGCGGAGAUUACUUCUGGUAUCGACAUCGGUCGACAACAAUGGCAUCAUGGAGCUUGGUAGUAGCAUGAGUCUCGUGGAAAUCGAUUUGUGGGGGUGCAGCGCCGUGGAUGAUGUGAACUCACUGGGAGGGAUACCAACGCUGCAAAAAUUGGAUCUUUUUGGCACCUCUGUGACGAAUGAGGGCAUCAAGGGCCUAAGAAGGUGCCCCAGUCUUGAGGAAAUAGAUCUGACGCGUUGUGAAACCGUGAGUGAUGUGGAGACCCUGACAAAAAUACCGAGAUUGCGACGCCUCGUGCUACUGCACACACAAGUUCACGACGUGUUGGAACUGGUUUCGAUGGGCGUAACGGUGAUCAUAUGA